AUGUCUUCAGCUAAGUUCUUUGAAGCUGUCGAGAACCGACGAUCAUACUAUAACAUUACAAAGGAAUCACCUCUAUCAAACGAUCAAUUGAAAGAAUUAGUUGAAAAAUCAGUCAAAUUCGCUCCUACUUCAUUCAACGGACAACAAAGUAGAGCAGUACUAGUCACAGGUAAAAAGAAUGAGGAACUAUGGGAUACAAUUUUAAAAGGAUUUAAACCUACUUUAGGUGGUGAUAAGGGUCAAGAAGAUUUUUACACGAACAAAUUCGAAACUCAAUAUAAAUCAGGUUAUGGUACUGUUUUAUUCUUUGAAGAUCAAGAUAUCCUUAAUGGGUUCAGUGCCAAGAUGCCUUUCUUAUCUCAACACUUCCCUGUUUGGUCCGAGAACUCUGCUGGUAUCCUUCAGUAUAUAGUUUGGACAGCGCUCGAAACUGAAGGUUAUGGAGCUUCCUUGCAGCAUUUCGGUGCUAUGUCAGCUGAAAUCCAAGCUGAUAUUCAUAAAUUAUUCGAUCUACCUCCAUCUUGGAAGAACACUGCUCUUCUACCAUUUGGUAAACCUUCCGGACCACCUGGAAACCCCGCCAAAGCAAAAGACUUUGAACCUCUUGAAAAGAGAACAAAGUUCUUCCUUGAUUAA